CAAAAACCUUAUCUCUAGUUAGUUUUUGCAUCAGUUUUGUAUAAUUUGUAUAUCUUUUCAAUUCAAUUCAUUUCAUUUCAUUCAUGUUCCUCUCACUGUGAAACAUCAUCUUCAUAUUCAAUGGCUGCUUCACCUUCUUCAGCACUCAAUUCUCUCUCCUCUCUCUCUUUCCGAUCCUCUUCUUCCUCCUCAUGUUUCUCUCUCCUCCCCACAACCCACAAACUCACAUUCCCACUUACUAAAACCCCAUUCACUCUCUCCACAAUUUCCUUCACCGUCAAAGCAAUUCCCACCUCCGAUGAAUUCGACAUCACCAUCCCAGAAGAAGACCUUCCCUUCAACCCACCGGAAAUCCCGGAAGGCUUCAUUCCACCACCUUCCAUAGACGACGGCCCAGACGAAGACGAAGAUGAAAUCGCCGCCGCAUAUGAAGAGCUAUACGGUGUUGCGUACAGUGGUGUUAGUGUGCUUGGAAAUGAUAUAAAUGUGAUGGAUAAGAAGGCGAGGAAAGAUACCGGAUUCGGUUCGGGUGUAAAGAAGGAAAAGAUAAGAGAUGGGUUGGAAGAAAGAGUUAUUCAAGUUAGGAGGGUUACUAAGGUUGUUAAAGGAGGGAAACAAAUGAGGUUUAGGGCUAUUGUUGUUGUUGGUGAUAAGCAAGGAAGAGUUGGUGUUGGUGUUGGGAAAGCUAAGGAAGUUGUUUCUGCUGUUCAGAAAUCUGCUAUUAAUGCUAGGAGGAAUCUUAUUAGAGUUCCUAUGACUAAGUACUUGACUUUUCCUCAUAGAGCUGAUGGAGAUUAUGGAGCGUCAAAGGUGAUGCUUAGACCCGCUUCUCCUGGUACUGGAGUUAUUGCAGGUGGGUCUGUGAGAAUUGUUCUUGAAAUGGCCGGUGUUGAGAAUGCUUUGGGGAAACAACUAGGAAGUGACAAUGCACUCAACAAUGCCAGAGCAACUAUAGCUGCCGUGCAGAAAAUGAAGCAGUACAGUGAGGUCGCUGAGGAGCGUGGGAUCCCUAUGGAAGAAUUAUGGAAGUAGUGAAUUUUUUGAAGCCAAUGUGAUUUUCAUACGUCAAUCAUUGUGAUGUAGAACUGGUGUUAGUACCUCAGAAAGUGUUCCAACUGUUGUUGUAAGUUUCUUGGAAGUAAACAACUUCAAAAUAUUACUUGUUCAACCUGAAUCACAUUCUUCACUUGCCUGUUUGAUCUGUAUUUAUGACUGUCCAAUUUAUGCUUGGUUUUGAUAAAACUUAGAUCAUGUUCCUUGUAUUUUUGCUUUUAAAUUAUCUAAUUAAAUAAUGAUAUGUUGAUAUGUUUUCGA